AUGCUUUAUACUCUCUCCGUCCCACUCUCUUUGUCUACUUACCUUUUGGCACACUAUCCAAUGCACUUCUUUAAUCCAUUUUAUCUUGUAAUUUGUAUAUUAAAAAAUUAUAGAAAUUAUAUAUUAAUAAUCUAUAUGUUAAGACAAAUCAAACAAGAUCACACAUGACUAUAUUUAGGCUUACACAUUGAGAGAAUUUGAUGAGUCAAAAUGGUUAAUGAAGGAGCUAAGAAUGAAAACGAGGUCGCCAUCGAUGGAGAUCAUAUUAACGGAGAAGAGGCCAAACAUAAAAUUGGGAAUAUGCCGCCGCCGCAGCAGCCCCCCAUUUCUCCGGCGGCGGCGGCGGCAGAGGAGCACGAUUACAAACAUCGGCCCCGCACAUCAUCUUCAUAUUCCCAGCCCAUCAACAUCCCAGGAGGAGGAGGAGGAACAUCAAAACCAAAAGACAAAAGGUUUGACACUUUCAAAACAUGGUCCGGCCGACUGGAGAGGAAAAUCAACAGCUUUGGCGGCCAAGAUCAACGCCAAGAAGACGAAGAAGAAACACGUCCUCCUCAUCAUCAAGACGACAUCGUUGGGGCUCAAAUUAGUCCUGACGAAAUACACGUCGACCGCUACUUCGAUGCCCUCGAAGGCCCAGAACUCGACACCUUAAGGGACUGUGAGAAGAGUGUUCUCCCGCAAGAUGAAAAAUGGCCGUUUCUACUACGUUUCCCCAUUUCCUCCUUCGGCAUAUGUCUCGGAGUGAGCAGCCAGGCGAACAUGUGGAAGGCCCUUUCCACGGCGCCGUCCACCCAGUUCCUCCACGUCAGCCGGGACGUGAACCUCGUCCUGUGGCUCGUAUCCGCCGCCCUGGUGGCCACCGUCGCCGUCUUGUACGCCCUCAAGGCGGCGUUCUACUUCGAAGCGGUCCGCCGCGAGUACUACCACCCGGUCCGGGUCAACUUCUUCUUCGCCCCGUGGAUAGCUCUGCUCUUCUUGGUCCUGGGGGUCCCACCGCACUUCACCGAGGCGCCCCUCCACGAGUCGGUGUGGUACGCCCUCAUGGCCCCCAUCUUCUGCCUGGAGCUCAAGAUCUACGGGCAGUGGAUGUCCGGCGGGCAGCGGCGGCUCUCCAAGGUGGCCAACCCCUCGAACCACCUCUCCAUCGUCGGGAACUUCGUCGGGGCGCUGGUCGGCGCGACGAUGGGCCUGAGGGAGGGCCCACUUUUCUUCUUCGCCGUCGGGUUGGCCCACUACACCGUCCUCUUCGUGACGCUGUACCAGAGGCUUCCGACGAACGUGACCCUCCCGAAGGAGCUUCACCCGGUGUUCUUCUUGUUCGUGGCGGCGCCCAGCAUCGCUUCCAUGGCGUGGGCUAAGAUUGAAGGCUCCUUUGGUUUUGGAUCAAAGAUUGCUUACUUUGUUGCCUUGUUCCUCUACAUGUCACUGGCAGUUCGUAUAAACUUUUUCCGGGGGUUUAAAUUCUCGGUGGCGUGGUGGGCGUACACAUUCCCGAUGACGGGAGCGGCGGUGGCCACGAUCAGAUACUCCUCGGCGGUGACGACCAACGCAUCGCGGUGGCUCGCGGUUGCGCUGUGUGGCAUUUCCACGUUCACCGUGACGGCAUUGCUCGUGACAACCGUCAUUCACGCCUUCGUCCUGCGGGAUCUUUUUCCGAACGACAGCGCCAUCGCGAUCAGCGAUCAGAGAAAGCACCGCCACCGUAGGAGGGGCAGCGGCAGCUCGGCGGAUCACAAAGACGCCGCCAUUGAUCAAUACCUCAAGUUUGCGGACAAUUCUGCUGGCGGCGUCAAAGAUAUUGAGGCUGCUAUCCCUCAGUGAAUCUGUCUCUAGUUGUGCAUUAAGGGAGGAAUGAACUUUGUGUGUUCCU